UGAUCAAUAAACAUAAUUCGAACGUUAAAGAAUAGAGAACUUCUCAACGGCCGUAAAAUAAACUCACACUAACAAAAUGAACUUCAACAAAAUUUUUGUUCUUCUGGCCGUGUUCAUUGCUGUCUUCGCCGCACAAACCGAGGCAGGAUGGUUGAAAAAGAUUGGCAAGAAAAUUGAGCGCGUGGGUCAACAUACACGAGAUGCCACCAUCCAGACCAUCGCUGUGGCGCAACAGGCAGCCAAUGUUGCAGCAACUGUAAAAGGUUAAACUGAAGCUGUGUGGAAGUUGCAACAAAAGCCUUUAUGUACCUUAAUUAAGUUUAAUAUUUAUUUAUUUAGAUAAUUUUGUGACAGAAAUACAGAAAUAAAGUUGAGAAUGAAAUCAA